GAUAACAAAAGAAAAGAAAAACAUACCAAGAAUGUAAAUUGUAUUCGUUGUAGCGUGGAGAGUUGAUUACUUUACAGUUUUGUUUCUCCGGCAAUUCGUGACUAUUGUUCCACUGGGCUAUUGUUCUGCCAUGCAGUACGUAAGCACAAAGAUAAGUCAAUUGAGCGAACAGAACUGAUUCAUUUCUCUCUCGCAGUGUACGCUACAUAAUCACAAUUAUACUGAUACCAAGUGGAGGCAGUAUAGUAUACAAGUCAGAUCACUGGAUCAUUUUGUUUGCCGUGCGCUUCGAAAGUUAUGUUAGAACUCAUGACGUGGAAUGAAAUCGUCAACAGCCUGACCGCCGAAGGAAAACUCAAGAAAGCGGCCAUCUUCGACAUGAACGGAGAAAAACUGGCCGGGACGACUGGUGUAAGAAUACUUGGACUGGAGGCCAGGGGUAUCGUCAAAUGUCUGGCCCUCUCAACGCCGACCAACACCAUCUUUGCGCUGUUCGUCGAAGAUGCCAGGUACAGUUGUUUCGUCGUCGACGAAGAUACGUUAAUUGGGAAAACUACUUCGGACAUAUUCGUUGCUCACAAAAGCAACAACGUGUUGAUAUGUGGGUUUUCAGACGUCCAUUCGAAGGUUUCGUGUCUCAGCGGUGUCAAGAAUUUUGCCAGGCGUAUCGGCGGACAGGUUGGACCUAACGUGACAGUCCCAACAUUAAUAUGAGGGGAAAGACACUGGCGAAGAUGUUCGGAGAAGAUGUUCAUUAAAUGUGCAAGAUACAGAGACGUUGCCCUAUCAUACCACUGUAAUGAACGGGCCUGAUUUCGUACAGUAGACAAGACACAGUAGGUUCGAAUCCUGCCGAUUGACAC